GGCUCAACCAGUCACAAGGUUUUGGCGUCCGAUAAGAAUGUGGAUUUAGUCACCACAGGUCAUUCACAACACUAGCGCCGAAACUGUUCAUUUCCUCCACUCUUCUCUCUCUCUUUCCACCUCUAACUCUACUACAGCAGGAGGCAUGCACAGCACGCCCCCACGAUCUAGUCCUGUACCUGCAGAUACCAACCUCCCGAAUAACGAGAAUACAAUUGAUGUGAACGCAGUGACUGAGAAACCUGCCACGUCUAUCAAGGUCGACCAUAAUAAAAACGUGUCAAGCACCCUGGAGCAGAUCCAGGAUCAAAUGAUGCCAGAUAACACCAGCGAGGAAUGUGUGGUGUCCAGGAAUAUGUCAAACUCCCCACAGCAGGCCCCGGACAAUGGGAUCGAGUCGGAUAACGCAAAGGAAAGUUCUGUGGUGUGCAUCGAAGGAAAUCUUGCUAAGAAUAUGUCAGAUACGCUGGAGCACAUUCUCGAAGUCCUUCGAGAAUCUACGAUCACAGGAGAACAUGGCAAAGAUGAUAAGUCAAAGUUCUGGGCAAAAUACAAGAAAAUUUCGAAUGAAUAUGAUGAUGACUUCCUCAACCGGGCGCAAGGCGAUAUAUUUGUGAUCUUGACUUUUGCUGGUCUGCUCUCAACUGUCAUCGCUACUUUCGUCAUCGGAAUGCAGCCCGACCCGGCAGACACUACCAAUGCCCUCUUGGUGCAGCUCAUAGCAAUCACUGUUAACGGGUCAAGUGCUGCACAUGAUAUCAGCGAUCUUUCCUCGUCUACGGGAUAUUCCUCUUCAACUGUCUGGAUACAAACUCUUGCCUAUAUGAGCCUAGCGCUUAGCAUCAUCGCUGCGUUUGGGGCCAUCUUAGGAAAGCAAUGUCUCAAUUCGUACGAGGCAGCUCGGGAAAAAGGAGGAACUUUAGAAGAGAGUGGGAUGCGGAGGCAGAUGAAACUGGAUGGGCUAGUUCGUUUUCAGCUGCGCCCUUUGUUGCAGGUAUUCCUUGUACUCCUCCAGGUUGCACUUGUGCUCUUCAGCAUCUCGCUAUGCCUCAAAACGUGGGCCGACCACGUGCCAACAUUCGGUUUUAUGACAGCCAGUGCAAUUUCUGUU